CUGACCGGCGAAGCAACCCGGUGUCUCUUUGUUGGCGGGUUCCACGGAGCGGCACCCACAGCAAACCUCCGACUGCUGGGUACAUUUUCCACACCCAGCAAACCUCUAACUGUCCGACCUCGUUCUACGCUUGCUCAGGUUUUUUUCCCCGGGUAAAAGGUUGGAUCCAGGGUAAUUUUUCCCUGGAAAAAAGUCGGACCCAAAGUGGGCGGAGACAAAUUUUUUGCCCGUGAGGGCUUCCUCAUCACUCGUUUCUUCGCUCUCGUUCCUGCCUCCAGCCAUCGUCCGCUCGCCGUGCUCUCCACCACCGCCGCUGCUCUGCCUCCAGUCGUCGUCCGCUCGCCGUGCUCUCCACCACCGCCGCUGCUCUGCCUCCAGCCGUCGUGGUAUUUAGAAGAAGUUGAGUUACAAGAUUGCUUUAUUAAUCCACUUGUGCAAAUCAUUAACAUGGAGGAUAAUGGUACAUCAAGGGAGAAUCUUACAUGGACUGAUGCACAAAUGGACUACUUAGUCCAGCUUCUUUUUUAUGAAAUGUUUUUUGGCCUUCUGCACUUAUGGCAUUCUUACUGCUGCAAAUGUUCCUGCCCCUUAUGCUUUAGCAUCAAUAUCAGCUUUAAGAUUUGAUCAUUGUGGACAUCGUUUGGCUACUUCUUCAUCAGAUGGAACUGUAUGCACCUGGUUACUUGAGGUUGGAAGCACGAACAAUGUCCAGCCCACAGAAUCAACUGUCUGCUUUCAAAGCUAUGCAUCGUAUGUUUGUUGUACAGAAUGGGUUAUAAAUGUGACAAGUUUGUCAUCCUUUUAUAGUUUCAGUUUCAUUUUCCUUGUAGUUCAAGUGGAUCAAUUCUUGUUGCAGCAGGAUGUAGCCCCAAUAAUGCAAAUGUGGUUGUUUGGGAUACAUUAGGAGGCACUAGACUUGCCAAAUAGGCCCACAGCAUUGGCUAGGGUGCAGGACUCGUGUUAAGUUCUGGUAGGAAAAAUGGGACAGAUAGACAGAGAGAAUGUCUUCUUGGCACUCAUUGGGGCUGGAGCUUUAGACCAGAACAGGACAAAGUACUGAUAAUGAGGAAACAGAAACCGAGGAAGAAACAGGGAGAUGUAAAUGAGGAGGCAGAUGAGAUCAAACUGCUUGAGUUGUGGAUCGAGUCAGGGAAACCUGAUUCAGGGACCAAUCCUCUCUCCAUUUCUGGUGUUCCUGAAGUUGGCCUUGUGGGCCAGAUGGACAAUGGCUCCUUUUCACCCUAUGUGGGUUGUACCCGGUUUGAUCAAUUGCCCUUAUCCCAGAGAACCAAGGAUAGCUUGCGGGACAAGUUCACUGUCAUGAGUGACAUUCAAAGGGCUACUCUCCCUCAUUCACUUUGUGGGAGGGAUGUUCUUGGUGCCGCCAAGACUGGCUCUGGAAAAUCUCUGGCUUUCAUUAUCCCAGUUCUAGAGAAAUUAUACAGAGCAAGAUGGGGCCCAGAAGAUGGAGUUGGAUGUAUUAUAUUGUCUCCAACAAGAGAAUUGGCAUCACAACUUUUUAAAGUAUUGGAAAUGGUUGGCAAAUACCAUGGUUUUAGUGCAGGUCGUCUGAUUGGUGGUUCCAAAAGUGUUGAUAUAGAGAAGGAACGUGUGAAUGGUAUAAAUAUAUUGGUCUGCACUCCUGGUCGACUUCUUCAACACAUGGAUGAAACCCCAAAUUUUGAUUGCUCGCAGCUGCAAAUUUUGGUUCUUGAUGAGGCAGACCGAAUUCUCGAUUUGACAUUCAAGAAAGAUUUAAAUGCAAUCAUUUCACAACUACCACGGCAGCGCCAGACUUUGCUUUUCUCUGCUACUCAGACAAAGUCAGUUCAGGAUCUUGCUAGGCUGAGUCUGAAGGACCCGGAGCGCUUGUCAGUGCAUGAGGAGUCUGUGACUGCUACACCCGAGCGUCUAAUGCAACGUUCAAUGAUUGUUCCACUUGAUAAAAAAUUGGAUAUGCUCUGGAGUUUUAUCAAAUCACAUCUUAAUGCAAAGAUACUUGUGUUCCUUUCAACAUGCAAGCAGGUGAAAUUUGUUUAUGAAGCUUUUAAGAAACUGCGUCCUGGCAUUCCUUUGAAGUGUCUUCAUGGUCGGAUGAAUCAGAAUAAACGCAUGGCAAUAUUUUUCCAGUAUUGUGAGGAGAGACGCUCGGUUCUUUUCUCUACAGAUGUAGCAUCAAGAGGUCUUGAUUUCCCUGCAGUUGAAUGGGUCGUGCAGGUAGACUGCCCUGAAGAUGUAGCAGCUUAUAUACAUCGGGUUGGUCGCACUGCUCGAUUCUCGUCUGGAGGAAGAUCCCUUUUGUUCCUGAUGCCUUCAGAGAAGCAAGUCAUAAUAAAUUUACAGGAUGCAAAGAUCCCAGUUCAGAUGUGGAAGGCAAACAAUAAGAAAAUCCAAUCAAUUUCUGGAGCCCUAGCUGCGUUGCUUGUUCAAUAUCCAGAACUGCGGAGGCUAGCUGAAAGGGCCUUCAUAACGUACCUGAAGUCCCUAAAGUGGCAGGCCAGUGGACUUGAGUUCGAUUGGAACAGCUUGCCAAUAUUAGAAUUUUCCAUCUCCUAUGGUUUGCCUAUGGCCCCAAAAUGUAGAUUCCUGAACAAGAAACUUCAAGGUGGAGAAAAUGGUCAUGCCAGUGAAACCCUGGAAACGAAGAUAGAAAAAGGAGAUGGUGGAGAUCGAGAAUUUGAUGAUAUCCUUUUGCCAAGAAAUUCAUUGACUGAAGCUGGACCAAAUGAUGACACUUACGGUUUGGCAACAAGAAUUUUGAAGAAGAAGAAGCUGAAAAUCAAUGUUGAUCGUCCAGCAGGUUUGAAGUUUGUAUUUGAUGAAGAGGGGAAUGCUUUGCCUCCUCUUGCUGCAUAUGCAAAUGCAGUAAUUGAGGAUAGUGUUAUUGAACCUGAAAAAGUAAGGGAGCGAUACCAGAAGCUGAGAGAAGAGAUGAAGGUUUGGGAUCAGGAGGAUAAGGUGCUUCUGAAACGACGGCUGCGUGAAAGGAGAAUCCUAGAUAAGAUGAAGUACAAGAAAAAGUUGGCUAGAGAAAUUGAUGAUGAAGAUGAGCCUGCGAACUCUGAUGGUGAAGUCAGCAAUCAUUUGAACCAACUAACGAGGGGAUCAAAAGUGUACUUCGGUAGUGAGAGUUCUGAUGAAGGUGAAGUUACAUGUGAUGGUCCCGAUAAUAAGAAAAUCAAGAGGGAGUUGAACGCUAAAGUAGAUACGAUUUCCUUAGUAGAGCAAGAAGCUCUUGCCCUCAAGUUGUUAAAUUCUUUGCAUUGAUUAGUUCCUCCAGAUGGGGAUUUUGGCAGUAUUUCUCUGUUCUUUCCUUUCUCCCCUUCUACUGAUCGCAUGCAAUUCAUCCUUUUUGUGGUUAGUCCUUUCGUUUUUUCAUAUUUAUCUAAUGUAUUUUUGUAAACAUUUGAAGUUUGAGUUCUUCCUCAAGUAGAAUUAAGUCUGAGAUUCUGGGCA